AUGAACAGCAAUCAAGGAGUACCCUCCGGCGUCCCGGAUCCUGGAACCACGUCCAACACCAGCGAGACUCUCACAUACCCCAAACCACCAACACCAAACCACAACAGCCUGUCAUCAUUUCUUGAAUAUGCCAAGAGGUCGGGUUUGAACCCAAAGUCAACAGUCUAUGUUGGCACUCACUAUGAAUAUUUUGUGGCAGAAAGCCUCGCCAGCUUUGGGUUCUCAUUGUUCCGCGUUGGCGGAGCCUCGGAUUAUGGAAUCGACUUGCUAGGGACUUGGGCUGUCCCGUCUGUUCCGAAGCCCAUCAAAGUGAUCCUUCAGUGUAAGGCAAUGGCCUCAAAACUCGGCCCGAGCCAUGUCAGAGAGCUCGAGGGUGCCUUUGUGGGCGCGCCUGCUGGCUGGAGGGACUCUGGCGUGUUGGGCCUACUGGUAGGCCAGCAUCCGGCAACAAAAGGCGUGCGGGACUCUCUGGGGCGCAGUAGAUGGCCUAUGGGCUACAUAUCGUGCUCCGUGGCAGAUCGGCAAGUCAGCCAGAUCCAAUGGAAUCGACAUGCCGUCAAUCACGGUCUUGAUGGUAUGGGCGUCGCUGUCAAGUACACAGAGGACGGCUCGCCUAGGUUGACCUUGACAAUGCAUGGGUUGCCUUUGCCGUCUGGACAAUUUCCAAGAACAGAGUCCAAAUGA